AGGGCCAUGUGAAAAAGGGGUGGAGGGGAGGUGAGAUUUAGUGCUCUGUUGGAUGAAACAACCCCCCACUAACUAACGGAGAGGGAAAGUAGCCUAAUAGGAAGAAAAGUGGGGGAGUUAUAGUUCAUUAAACCCUUAAAAGACAUGCUUCAAGCUUUUAUCAUUUCAUACAAAGAGCACAGAAAAGAGGAUUUGUAACUUCUUGUGAAAGCUCAGACAUUUGAACAAUCAAGGAAAAGGAAAACCAAGGCAUUAACAGCAGCUGUGGGUCUGUGAGAGCAUCAAAAAUGUCCCGAACCGAAGAAAUCAACAAGAUGACAGAAAAUGUCUACAAGGGCAUUCUGGACCAGUUUAAUCCCAGUCUGAAGAACUUUGUGACCAUGGGAAAACACUAUGAGAAAGCUCUGACAGGGGUGACAGUGGCUGCUAAGGGCUAUUUUGAUGCUCUAGUGAAACUUGGAGAGCUGGCCAGUGACAGCCAGGGCUCCAAAGAGCUCGGGGACACGUUGUUUCAGAUGGCCGAGGUGCACAGGCAGAUUCAGGUGCAGCUGGAAGACGUGUUAAAGCUGUUUCACUCUGAGUUGCUUGCCCAGUUGGAGCAGAAGCUGGAGUUGGACAUUAAAUACCUCACAGCCACUCUGAAGAAAUAUCAGAGUGAGCGAAGGUCUCAGUCGGAGUCGAUUGAGCGCUGUCAGUCCCAGCUGAAGAAACUCCGCAGGAAGAGCCAGGGCAGCCGUCACCCAAACAAAUACGGAGACAGAGAGAUGCAGUUUGUGGAGCUGAUGAGUCGUCGACAAGGCGAGCUGGAUGCGCUGGUGGCUACAGGCUACAAGUCUGCACUCACAGAGGAGAGAAGAAGAUACUGCUUCCUGGUGGACAGACAGUGCUGCGUCACCAAGCUGCUCAUCAACUAUCACUCCAAGGUGAGAGAGCUCCUGUCGCAGAAACUGUCGUCCUGGCAGCAGUCGUGUUCCCAGCCCACGAAGCUCCCAGAGCGGGCCCUCAAUCUGCUGCGUCACACUGCGUCGCAAAGCCCAGGGGCUGCUGGGAUAGCCGAGGUCCUCCGUCACGCCAAGCUGGGCACAGCUCAACCAGAGCAGAGACUUUCCGUCCAAGAGGUCCCUCCUCUGCUGAAUGGAGACUCAAGCCGCUCCCAGCAGCAGCGAUUGCUCCCCUCAUCCUCCUCCUCUCACAUUGACUCUGGUCCUCCUCAGGGCUCCCCUCAUACUUUCCGCUCUGCCUCCUCCACUGGUGGAGCUGCUGGAGGUUCAUCUUGUGGAGUUUCUCCUCAGCAUGCCAGCAUGCCCCUCAGCACCUCAGCCAGCCCCCUCCCUGAGGGCAGCCCAGCAACGUCCAACUCCACCAUGUCCAGCACCUCCACUCAGCAGGGCUCUCUCCUUCUGGCCACUAACACAUCCAACCUCUCCCCAAGCCUCAUUCCUUCCACGGUGAUGUCCCUCAGUCAGAUCUCACAGAACAGCAGCCCCUCUCAGGGGAUGACCCUCCCUAUCCUCCACAGCGCUCCCCACAGUCCUCUGCUGUCCCACAGCGCUCCUCUCUCCAGGGCUAUGACCCCUGUGCAGCUCCUGCACCAGCAGGUCGGACAAGGAGGAAGCCACACUCUGUCUCCAUCACACAAUCCCUGGCUGCUUAAGGCCGGGGAUGUAUCUGCUACAGCAACUCUGCCCCUUCCGAGGAGACCUGUUAGUGAAAUGAGAGUGGGAGGCUUUCAGGGCUCCAGUCUUCCUAGAGUGCUUCCAUUAUUAGGAGUGACCCAUGUGGAGGCCCUUUUUGCCCAUACACCUGGAGUGUCGGAAGGUCCUGGUGGAAAUUUAGGAGGCGGGGCUUGCUUACUUCACUUCCUACCCGGGGACAACAUCACCCUGCUCAUCUCCGAGCCCAGAGACGGGUGGCACUACGGUCAAAACGAGCGCACUGGACGGAAAGGCUGGUUCCCUUUCUCCUACACCCAACCACAACACAGCCGAUUAGAUCACCUUGAGGGAUCUCUCUUUUUAUCUAAGGCUAACAGCACCAGCACCGGACAACUUGACAAGCUAGUGUCUGCAGCUAUCCCUGCCCUCACCCCUGAGAGUGAAGAGGAGCGCUCCCUUCCUCCUCAGAGGGUCAGCACCUUCCGUCCGCGCCCCUACAGCAUGGCCGACAGCUACAAGAUUACAUCAGAUUUAGCUGGUUCCCCACCAUCACCCACCAGGCCCAAUCCAUUUGCUCACAUCCGACUCAGAAAAACAGUCACCAACGAUCGCUCGGCUCCCAUCAUCGAGUGAGCACAGCAGCUCUCGAUGAUCUGUUCGUCAAGUCUCAGGUUGAAUCCUGGAAACUGCACACUGUGUUUACAAGCUGUGAUUAACUUUUGUGUUUUUUUUGUCAGUUGAGUCAUGUAAAUGAUCAAAAACAAUAUGAAUUUUAGCUAAAAAAUUGUUUACUUGAUUUUUGAUUUAACUGUAAUACCUGGAAAGCCAGUGUGAAGGAAAUGUAUCCAUUAAGAUUGUCUGUAAGUGUGAUGUUUCCUUGUGUUUGAGAGCAUCAUCCUGCAUCUUAAUCUUCAAAAAUGUGACUAAGCUGUCCUGGUUAGCUCUAAGAUGUGAAGGGUGCCUUUUCUUUCUUCUGUGUUUUCUGCUUAUUUUGUGCCAUAUUCAGAAAAAAGUGUUUAGGUCCUGCUGAAAUAUGGACUGGAUCCUAUGAAAAAAGGUUAUACAUAUUGACCACGGAGGUAUUAUCAGGAUAAGGACAGGCUCCUUCUCUAUAGUAUUAUAUAUUUUUCAGAAAAGCUUCCACAUUUGUUGCAUUUCAGAGAAGGAUGGCAUUUAAAUGCAUUCAAUGUGUCUGUUUUGUGUUAUAAAGCUAAUUGUUUGGAUAAAGCACAGGACAUAUUUGAAUGAAUCUGAGACAAUGAGCUGAUCUUUCUGUUUAUUUUGAUAACCAUGCAUAGGAAGUGACUAAAUGCACAAAUCCUAAAAGUUAAUGCAAUUUAACAUUAAGGUUUCUGCUGCUGUAAGGUUUUGUGUUUGUUAUUGUUUGUAAAGGUAUUCAAAUUACUUUGACUUGUUACCAUGAAUCAGGAUUCAAAGAACAGAAAAUUUUCAACAUUAUUUUUAAUGAUAACAAUGUGACUCCAAUUCAGUGUUCAUAAACUCACAUACUGUGAAGCUUAACAGGUGAUGGUUCAGAAAGUGAUGUUAAAUAGAAAAGUGCAUUUUUAUUCAGAAGAUGGAAAGUUGGGAAAGGGUAAAAGUUUUAAAAAAGGAGGAGCUUGCCUGCUUAGUCUGUGGAUUUAGUCUGGAUUCCUUUUCAGACCUAAAUCUAAAGCUCUCCACCGUCUAUAGACUAGUUGAUUGUAAAUUCGUGUUUACGAGUCAGACUGAGCAGAAUCUUAAAGAGUGAUGUGAAAGCCAAGAAGGAGGACAUGACUGAGCUCACUGUGGAAGUGUUUUCAGUGAAAGUGAAGGAGAAAGCAUACAGGAAGUUGACCUAUGUCUAAGCAAGUGUUUUUGUUAAAUUAAAGACGCCUGAAGUCAUAUUUCAGGAUGUGUGAGAAUAAAAACACCCUUUGUGCAAAGUGA